UGUCGCGGUUGGUGAAUCGUCCGUUGUAGGACGAGAUGUGGUUGCGACUCGCAUUGCUGCUCCUACUGGGAGCGAUUCUCGUCACUUGUGACGUCAAACCUCAAGCAAACGAGGUUGCUGACUUAAUUCGUGUAAAGCGAAAUGAAGCAGCACCCAAGGUUCARCCUAAAGUUGCUGCUCAACCUGUGAUCAAACCAAAAUCACCCGCUGUGAAUACAGCUAAAACCCAAGAUAAGAAGCCUGUCGUACAAAAGGCUCAAAAGAGAGCAAUAUGGCGAGGCUCUUGGGACAAAAAGUGGCUGAAACGCUACUUGGCCAAAAAGAAGCGCUUGGCCCGUAAGCGUCGACGCGGAGGUCGUCGUUAUCGUCGUUUUGGUCGACGUAAGUACCGCAGCCGUCGCAGCCGCUGGGCAGCUCGCCGUCGACGAGGUCGCCGUCUCCGUUUGAGAGGCGUCCGUCGCCUUCCUGUUAGAGGAUGUGGUGCUCAUCAGUCAGUACAUGUCCCUGGUCACGGAAGGAUCAUGGUUGCUGGUGCCAAGGGAAAACUGUCACUCCAAGRUGUCUGYAUGGGUAAAGCAAUUCCUUCAACAGCGGGAAACCGUGGUGACCUCAAACUGAAGUCUGUCUGUCUGAAAGUCAACCAUGCUGAUAAAGGAAGACGAAUGUUUGUCCGAUACUAUGGUCAACUUCGACGUCUUUUCCCCAACGGCCGUGGUCGCGGAUUCCACUACUAUUUCUACGUUGGCAAACGCAGGCUUAUGGUAACGCCACGAGGAAGAAACUUUGUCAUCCUGAGGACUCGUUUCGGCACGCGUACGUUGAGAAUCGUACGCAAAUUCAUUGGAGCUCAAAACACCUCCGUUUGCUGUGCCAGCAUCCGUCGUUAUGUCAGACGAAUCCUUCGACAACGUUGUAACGUAAGAAGACGUCGACCCAGACGUAGAUACCUCCCUCGUAACUGGUGGCGCGCUCAAAGACGUCGCAAGACACGUUACCUAAGACGUAUCCAACGACGAAAGAACCGUCGAAKUCGAUUUCUUCGCUGGAGAAGACGUCGCAGAAGGCGUAUUAUUCGUUCAAUGAAGAAGUUUACCCGUCGGUAUAUUAAGCGAARGCGUCCUCGUAGACGGUACCCKAUUAUAGGAGGGCCUGGAACGGGAACACCAGCACGUUUUCUMAGACCAAAGAAGCGAAUCAUUCGAUGGGUUGGAGGACCAGGUUCACUACCCCCAAAACGUUUCCUAAAGCGGCCCAAACUACAURUAUUGAUACGAAAACGACCUAAACGGUUUAUUCAAUACAAAAUCAAAAAAGGCCCAUGGACUACCAUUAGAUACACUCGUCGCAACGUCUUCAGAGGUAUUUACAAGUUUACGUGGAGGGAAAUGAAGCUUUCACGAGGUAUGAUCCGCGUCAAUUUGGGAAACCGAAAGAAACCAAAGUGGAMGAAGGUUGUUGGAGCUCGUUUGAGAUAUCGCUUUGGUCGUCGUGGUCGGUGGUUCCCAAUCAUGGCCGUACGCAAAGGCAAGAAAUUUAGAUGGAUUUCCAAAGUAGGCCGUCGAAGGAUCCCAUUCCGAUUCCGUCGAGGAGUGAUUAGAGUGCGCAGAAGAUAUAUAAGACGUUGGCGAAAGAUCAAGCGCGGUUUAAGAUCAAGAAAAUGGCGUCGUCGUUACCUACGAAGAAAGAUACGUUUCCGUCGUUUCAAAAGACGAAUUCAAAGAUACCGCAGAAGUUUAAGAAGACGACGUCAWCGACGCCGCCGUCGCCUGAUAAGACGUCGUCGAAGACGUAUAAUGAGAAGACGAAGACGUAGAAACCGCCGUUUGAGACGCCGUCGCAGGAGACGGUACAGAGUUAUCCGACGCCGACGUUAUCGUCGAAACCGCCGCCGACAUCGUCGCCGCCGCAAUCGGGCUGUGCGAAGAACUCCAAUCAAGAUUCUAAUUAAAAGGAAGUGGAGAAAACUUUAUUUCAACAAGCCAAAGCAAAGAUAUUACUGCACCUUCAAAAAGAGACCUGUAUAUCUACGUUUCCGCAAGGGUGUCCCAGUUUAUAGAAUACGCAGACACGUCAGAGUUGUCAACGUUAGAAGACAAGUCAGGGUGACUGUGCAACGCCACAUAAGAUCCGUAAAGAUAAUCCGUAACGGUUGGUACGUUCGAUAUGGCAGAAAAUACCGCAGAUGCGUCUUGCGCCGUGGACGAUUCAUGAUGCGCAGGAAUAAACGCUGGAGACGUAUCAGACGUCGACGACCAAAAACACUCCCAAAAAGAGUUCGUCGUCGACGUUGGCUUCGACGUUACCGCAGACGUCGACGUGCUAUUUUACGUCGUAGACGUCAGCGUCGUCGCUUAAGACGCAGACGACGUAUCAACCGUAGAAGACGACGUCGACUUCGUUUCCGUCUGAGAAGACGUCGUUUUAGGCGUCGCCUUAUACGAAGAAGGAGACGCUUGCGUCGUUUACGCAUUUACAGACGAUCGAGACCAAGAACUACGCGGUUAAGAAUCAGAUGGUUCAAGAGAUGGAGAAGAGUUGUACGUCGUGGAAGACAUUAUUUUAUAACCUACAAACGCAAGUUCCUACGAGUCUUGUUCAAGAGAGCCAAACCAUACAUUCGUUACAAGAAGCGCUGGAUUUUAAGACCAAAAAAAUACUUUGGACUUCGCACAAGAAGAAGGAUUCGAUACAUUCGUGUUAAGAAAAACAAAUGGAGAGUCAAAUACCGACGAAAGACACGCAGAGUUAUCUUCCGUGGAGUCAGAACUCGCAUUCGUUAUGGACGACGAUAYAUCAGACUCGGAAAACGACGAAGACGAAGACGAAUAGUGCCACGAAUUCAAAUAUUACUGCUGAAGCGAUGGAGAAGACUUCGUCCAUACCACCGAUCAUGGAGAGUACGAGUACAUCGAAMAACCUUCAAAAUUAGAGUAACCAGGAAAAGUAUUGUCCAAAUCAAAAAAGGCAAAAAAUGGACUAACGUUGGUGGACGAAUUCUAUUCAGAGUCAAGAAGCAUAGACGCACGUACGUCAUCACUCGCACGAAGAUCAACAAGAAGUUUGUCUUUACCACAAUCUACCGUAGACGUAUAGUAAAAUUCAUCCUCGGACGAAACAGAGGCUAUUUCCGUAGCCUAAUAACACGAAAAAGGUGGAGGAUCAUAAGAMGAAGACGAUGGCCCCGACGUAUCUGGAGAGCUCGUCGUAGAUUCCGAAGACUGAAACUCAUUGUACAAAAAUGGAGACGUCGUGUACGAAGGCGAAGACGACUUAGCAGACACCGUAGACGUACUCGUCGUGUAAGACGUCGACGCAUUAGACGUCGCCGCCGUCGCUUCCCACGAAGAAACCGCUUUAUCAAUACCAAGACUCAAGUUUACAUCGGACGUCGGUGGCGUCGUAUUUAUUAUACACGAAGGCGUUAUGUUAUUUACGUUAAAAAGAAACCACUGCUCGUUCGAUUUUUGAGAAGACGAAUUAGCUACCGAUACCGUAGGCGUUGGGUCAAGGUCAAUGUUCGACGCGUCAGGGUUGUGCGAGGAARACGAAUCUAUCGCUGCAAAAUAUUCAACAAACRGAUCACUGUACUCUACAAGAAACGUUACAGACCUCUUCGACUACUUAAAGGAAGACCUUUCCURAAGAUCAGAMAUCAUUACAAACGAUUCAUAUCAUGGAGAAGAAUUAGGCGACGAAGACGACGAUAUAUUCUCAGACGAAGACGUCUUAGACGAAUCAGGAGAAGAAACAGACGUCGCGUUCGUCGAGCACGACGACGUAACCGUCGUCGCCGUCGUGUCCGUCGUCGCAUCAAAAGAGCAAGGCGCCGUAUCACAAGAAGACGACGUCGUCGCUUUAGACGUCUCAGAUACAAACGUCCCACACUAUGCUUCCGUAGGCCCGGUGGAUCAUGGCACACGCUGUUUAGACGUAACAAACGUCUCGUCACCCGUUACCGCGGUGCCACAAGACGUGUAAUCAUUAAGAACAAGACCAUCAUUCUUAUCAGAAGAAUUGGACGCCGUGUAGUUCGACGAGUUAUCAAACAUGUCACUUACAGUGUCCGAUACGGUCGUCGCCUCGGUAUUGCUCAAGUUAAAGGAAAGAAAUGGACCGUAAGAUUUGGACACAGACGAAUCGUUUACAAGAUCAACAGAUCUCGACUGAGAGUUAUUCGCAAAUUUGUAGUCAAAUUGAGACGAAUCAAGCGAACAUGGAGAUUGUAUAAGAGAGGUCUCAGACGUCCUUUCAAGAGAAUAUACCGUCGAAGAAGAAGACGUGUUCGACGUCGUCUAAUACGGCGACGACGUCGUCAACGUAGACGUAUACGCCGUUAUCGUCGACGUAAACUCCGUCGAAUUCGUCGCAUCGUUCGACGUCGCAUCCGUCGUGUAAAAAGAAGACGCAUGAAUAUCAGACGCCGUCGCCUCAGACGUAUCAGACGACGAUUUAGACGCUUUAGACGACGUAGACGAACUGGUGGAAAAAACACAAGAAUUUCAGUGAAAAUUGGGCAUCGCUUCAGAAGAAUCUUGUCGCGUAGAAAUAGGUUCUUCGUAUUGAUCAAAAAACGACCAAAGAGAGUUGUUAUUACUAAAAGAUCUGUUCUGGUCUUCAAAAGAAAAAGAAGACACCCCACACGGGUUAGACGAAUAAGAAUCAGACUCCGAAGACGUCGUUACAAGCUUUCACGCAAACCCCGCAACUGGAGAAUACGAUUCAGAUGGCAUAGACGUACCAAAGUACGCAGAAUCAUACUUCGCCGAGGACGUCCUCUCAUAAGAUUGGGAAAGAAACGUUACGUAUCAUUCCGUGGUAUCAAACGCCGAAAGCGUUUUGUUCGUCGAAUUUUCCGUCGUUACCGAAAGAUUAAACGCCAAAAGCGAAAAUAUCGAAGACGCAGACGAAUAAUUCGCCGUCGCUUGCGCAGAAAGCGCAGACGCGYACGUCGCGYUCGUCGACGCCGUCGACUUAUUCGCCGAAGACGCGUUCGUCCUCGCAGAUGGCGUCGCCGCAAACGWAUUGGUGGUCGUCGCAUACGUCGAAUCAACCCUCGUCGUCGUUAUCGCKUUAAACGUCGUUYCCGACUCAGRAAGAAACCAAUUUUCAACAUCAGAAUUGGAAGACGUUGGUCAAGAAUCGUGCGUUCACGCAAGGGAUGGUUUUAUCGAAAGAGGCGAUUACGUAUCACCAGGAAAGGCGUUUUCUACAAAAAGGGACGUGUGUAUAGGAGAUUCAAGAAGUUCCGAGUCAGAGUUCGUUUCCCCGGAGCUCGAAAGUGGCGAAUCAUUGGGCGAAGCAAAAAAGGUCUUUUCAUUCGAAGAAAGCGAAAACCAAUCUUCUUCAAGCUUCGACGUGGUCUGUUCAAAUUCCGCAAGGCCUUCCGUCGCAUCGGUAAACGAUUUCUACGUAAACGUUUWACGCGCAUUGGUAUACGUCUGAAAAGAUUCGUAUAUACAAAGAAACGCAUAGUCCUAAAAUCCAGGAAGGGAAAACGUUAUCCUGUGAAGAUUCGACGAGGACAAUGUGUAAUAUAUCCUCCUCGUCGUCCACCAUUACCGCAAUAUCGGCGUCCACAAUUACCUCGUCGAGGGCGUCGAGGCCGACGUGUUCGCCGUGUUCACCGGCUUCGAGGUAUCAGACGAAUUCGUCGAAUACUCCGUAUCAGAAGGAUUCGUCGAAGACGUACUCGUCGUGGCAAGCGCGUUAUUGGUCGCCGCCUUGGUCRUCGUGGUCGCCGCAUUCGUCUCAUCAGACGUAUUCGUCGAAAAUUCCGAGCAAUUCGUGUCAAGMGCAAAUAUGGCAAGGGACUGAUAUACCCAAAACGUUUUAAACGCAUCCGUGUCAAGCCCAAAUAUGGCAUGGGUCUCAUAUAUCCAAAGCGAUUUAGACGACGUCGUGGCAAAGGUCUUCUUCGUCGUCCCAAACGUCGUCGUCUUCGUGGUGUCAGACGUAUACGUCGUAUCCUCCGUUUCAAACGUCGCCGAAGAAUCAGAUUGCGUAAGCGUCGUCCUGGCCGUCGUAUCCGUCGACAGUUUAGAAAGAGAGGACUGCAAAUUCGAUUCAAACGUCGUUGGAGACCAAUCCGCGUCUUCGGUAAGCGCUUACGAGUUCGGUUCGGAAAACGAUAUCUCAGACUCAAGCAGAGAGGCCGCAAAGUACUUUUUAAGUUCAAGAAGGUUUGGAAGCGUCUAAGAAGACCAAGAAUAAGAUUCUGGAGAAAGGGAUGGCGACAUGUCAAAACCAAGAGAUUUGGACGUAAGAGACGUUUCGUUGCUGUUUACCGUGGCAAGCAGAGAAGAAUACGUAUUACUAGACGUGGUGUGAAGGUCUUCCGAAGAAGGAGAUGGAGACGCAUUUUCAUCAGAAAACCGCACAAGAGACGUACCAUCCGUUUGAUCCGCAGACUUAAACGYCGCWCAAGAAGAGUUGURAGAAGAAUAACGAGAAGAAUCAGAAGAAAGAUCAGWCGAUYCAGAAAGSAUCCUCRUCGACSACUAAUCAAAUUKAGAAAGAUGCGCAGACCACGCAUCRYUCGAUGUGGASUMMGARUWCGUAUCRACCGUAAAUGGAGACCUGUGCUCCGCUAUAAGAAACGCUUCUGGGUGAGAUACCACAAGCGAAGAACACGCAUCACUUUCCGMAAAACGAAGCUAAGAAUCUUCAUAAAUGGACGUUGGAGACGCCGCCCAUCCUAUCGCCGCAUUAAAGUUCUUAUCAACAAGAAGUACCGAUACGUCAAGAAGACUACYCGUAAAGGCAUAARGACGUGGAUCUCGAAAUGUUUUGGACGAAGAAGACGCAUUAAGCUCCGACGUGGUCGCCGAAUCAUGAAAACUAAAGCCACUUGGACUCGCAUAACGCGACAUGUGCGAAUGAGAGUCCGCAUUCRUGGAAAGYUUUACCCAGCAGUUCGYCGAGGCAGACAGUGGUACCUCAAAGACAAAAAGAGAUAUCKUCUYAUGAUCCUCCGUGGACGYGGACUWAGGAUUCRYUAUAAMAAGAAGUGGAAGAAGAUCCAAGGAAACUCUCUACAAGUUCGUUACGGCUCACAAUGGAGAACCGUWAAGACAUGCUGUAAGAUUCUCCGUCUUCGUGUAAGAGGUCGCUCCCGAAGAAUAAGCCUUAAGAAUGGUGGACUGAAGGUGAAAUUCGGAGGACGCCGUCUUCGAUUGGGGCAAAUUAGAAGAAGAAUUCGUCAUGCUCGCCGAAAAAGGAAGAAGUUACGUUUAAGAAGACGAAGAAGACGCCGAAGACGUCGUCCUGUYCUUAAACGUCGCAAACGACGUUUUGGAUUCUUCCGACGAUUGUUUGGCAAAAAGAGCAAAGUUCCAAAAGCUGAUGCCAACGAACCAGUAACGCCCCACAACUAAACGCAAGAUUAAACACCUAUCUACAGAUAAUAAAUAAAUUGAGGAUCUGAUUAUAUAUUAAUAGAUGGAUGACCACAGCAAUGAAGUUGAUGGAAUUACUACAUAAACCCUACUUAUCAUAUAUUUUGUUAAAUCAAAUUUAAAAUUGAAAUACUUUCUUAACCGUUCUAGUAUUACAACUUUGCAGAAAUAUUCCCACUAAACUAUUUGUAUACACUAUAAAAGAAAACUGAUUCAGUCAACUUCWUUGCUGUGAUUCUGUAGUAAUGUAUUUUUGGGAAGAUUGAUCUAAGUAAAAAUUGGAGUUUAAGGAAUAAGGCUUACAGCGAAAUAGUUGCAUCUUGACUUCUUCUUUUUAAAGCUUUUUGGAUUGUGUUAUUUCCAUCGAUCUUAAGGGCGUAGCUUUUUGAAAACUCUUUCAGUCAUUGGCUGAUUUGUAGCAAGCUCCACCAAGCAAGUCACAGGAAAACCUAACUUUUGAAAUUUGAAGUCACUAGGCAACAUUUUCUCAUGUAUGUUUUGUUUGGGGGAAGCUGGAUAAAGUGUACGUAUGCAAGGAAGAGUUCUUAACACACUUUGGACUUUGGACGCAUUUUAUCCUCUCGAUAAGGAUAUAUCUGCUGAACAGCACUAUUCAACAGCUGUACAAACUGUCCCUGCCGCUUCAUUUGGAAUUAUUCAUGCAAGCUUCGAGUAUUUUACUUAACUAGAUCGAAAAAAUUUCCAAAAAAACAGUUAAGAUAAAAAUUGUUUCUAUGGAAACGCAAUAGAUUCCUGUACAAUAAGGCAUGUUUUAUUAGUACACUAACUGAUCACCUAUACAUUUCCUUACGUAGCGAUAU